AUGGCGACUCAACCGCACAAGGCCAACGAUGACAUCGCCAUCCAGCCUGCCCCGGCGCCAGAGCAGGAGAACCACCAGCAGCCACCUCCUCCGGCGGACGAUGCGAAUGUCGGCCCGAAGCAGGUGAUCAAGAACGGCGUUGUGGUGAGCUCCGCCACAAAGCCUCCAAAGAGGGAUCUCCGACUUGCCUGGCUCUACAUCUUUGACUGGUACCCUAGCCACUACAGCAAGGAGGAGAUUGCUCUUGUCAAGAAGCAGGACCGCAUCAUUCUUCCUCUCAUUUGCUUGCUAUUCUUCAUCAAGUGGCUUGACCAAUCCAACAUCACUAAUGCUUACAAUUCGGGAAUGAAGGAGGACCUCAACAUCCAGGGAAUCCAGUACAACCUGUUCAGCACCUUCUACAACAUCGGCUACCUUGUCCUCGAAAUCCCCUCCAUGAUGAUCAUCUCCCGUCCUAAGCUAGCACGGUGGUACCUCCCUAUCUGCGAGACACUCUGGUCUAUCGUCACCUUCAUACAAUCCCGCAACAACAGCGUCGAGAUGAUUUAUGGCAUGCGGUUCCUCAUGGGUCUUUUCGAGACGCCCGCCGCCACUGGCUCGCUCUACCUUCUGGCGUCGUGGUAUCGCUCAGACGAGGUAUUUAAGCGCGCAGGCGUCUGGUAUGUGUCUAGCAACAUUGGCGCCGCCUUUGCUGGAUAUAUGCAAGCUGCUGCGCAUGCUGGACUUGACGGAAAGCUUGGAAUGCAAGGAUGGCGCUGGGUCUUCAUCGUGGAUGGAGUCAUCAGUCUCCCCAUUGCCAUCGCUGGCUUCUUUCUCUUCCCUGGUCUGCCUACUAGCCCUCGCAUCUGGUGGCUCAAGGAGGAGGAGCAGAAGCUCGCCCAAGCACGCAUGCAGGACGACGGUGUCAGGAAGAGUUCCAAGAUUGGUAAGCGCAUGCUCAAGCGUGUCUUCACUCACUGGCACUUCUACUUCGCUGUAGUUACCUACGUCUGCUACCAGCUCACGACCUGGGUUGCUGGUCAGAUGGGUAUUUGGGUCAAGUCUACUGGUCAAUACUCGAUCGAGUUGAUUAACAUCCUGCCCACCGGCACCCAACUUAUGGCCAUUGUUGUUGGCAUUCUUGUUCCACAGUUCGUCAUGGUGUACCCCAUUUGGAUGCCGGUCCUCUUCACCGGCACCGUCCUCAUCUUUUCAAAUAUCUGCCUCAGGAUCUGGUAUAUUCCCGUUGGUAUGAAGUUCGCUGCCUGGUUUCUUAUGGGGUUCAAUUCUUGCGUCACUCCGAUGCUCUUCCCGUUCGUCCAUCUUAUCAUGAAGGACGAUAAUGAAGCUAAGAGCUUUACGACUGGCGCCAUGAUGACUGUCGGCUGGUCUUUCUUCACCUGGUACAACGUCGUCGUGUUCCCUGUCACUGAGGGGCCCCAGUGGACGAGGGGUUUUACUGCUAGCAUCUGUCUUUGCGUCAUCUGGGUCUCCUUGUUUCUGACUGGCUACGUGCUGUGGCAGCGUGAUAUCAAGAGGGGCCUGUACAAGCAUGCCAUCGAAGAGGAGGAGAACGAGGAGAUUCUCAAUGAGAAGGUCGAACAGGUUCAGGCAGAAUCCACCCACCUUGAAGAGAAGGAGAAGGACAAGGAGCUAAGAUAA